AUUACUAAAAUUUUACAGGAAAUAGACUCUGAUUUUGUUUUUAUAAAAGAAAUAUCUUAUAAUAUGUUACAACAAUCAAAAAAAUUAGUUCAAAACGCUCAAUAUUUUUACCAGAUUUUGCAGGUUUGGGAGAACUUUUUUACACUUUUCCAAAUCAAAAGAAAAGAUCCUCUGCAACAUAUGAAAAAUCUCUCCUUAAGUGGGGAGUGGAAGGCUUCAGCAGAAAAUAUAGUUGUUAACACUUCUUCUAUCGCCUUUAGUGAAAUGCACAGCUAUUCUCCCCCCCGAACCUCGACUCCAAUUGCCCCUUCUACUUCUAAUAGUUGUAUAGAAGCAUUGCAAUCACGUUCUCUUUCCAAAUGCCCAUUCAAAGAGCCCUGCACUCAAGAAACUUCUUUUAUCAAAACCGAUACUCCCGUACUGUCUGCGCUGGACUCUACUCUCAAAAAAGGGUACAUUAUGUCUAGUGAAAUUUUGUUAAAUCAGAACUUUAAAUGCUGCCCACUCGAUCUGUCUAAGUUUCCUACCAGUUUUCAGACGGGAGUUGGCGCAAGGCACCUAACCGACUUGUUUAUGUUCUUCAAGCAAACCAGAACCCCAUUGAGUGUCGACGAAGUAAGAGCUGCUUUCCCGGCCUUCGAGCCUGAAAGGCUGGCGCUGUAUUUGGGUUUACUAGUUUCAAGGAAAAUUCUGUCUGCCGACGGAAAUAAUAUACUAAAAUAGAAAAACAAUAAUCUCAUGCAAAUCAAGCAAUUUUACAGCCCCUUUAUUACAGUAAAUAAUUAAAAUAAAGCAGUUUAAAUGUUUA